CUUCCUUUUCGCUUCUAAAUCAAUCAAUGAACACACUUGCUCCAGUGAGAAUUCCAUAGUGGUCAGUUCUGUCUCCGCAAGCAUUUCAAAUCAAUUUCAACAGAGGUAUAUCACACGUGAUCAGCAAGUUCCAGCUCUCUUCUGUCCAUUAUCGAUUAGCGACUGUCUAGCGACGUACCAUCGGUGCCUGUGCAAUGUCCACGGCCGAGAAAUCAGCGGAAACAAAGAAACCAGAGACAUGGGAAACAUGGGUUCUCAUGUCCAAAAUAUGGAAAGAUUUUGACGACCUAGCAUACGAAAAUGCACUGCGACUUUGCGAGCGCCUUUAUGCCAUUGACGUUACCAAUGAGGACUACCUAUACCUAUAUGGCUUAUGCUUAUUUCAUUCAGCCGAUUACGACGGUGCCUAUAUGGUUCUUCGAAACGCUGAAUCCAUUAAAUGUCGAUACGUUUUCGCCAUUAGCUGCCUAAAGCUUGGGACACGAGAAUAUUUAAUGGAAGGAUAUACAGCAGCGAACCAAGCACUGUUACUUCACCAAGAAGAGAGCGACCCUGAACGUAGAUGGGGAGAUGAUGUACGCAGCGUCAAUACCAGGAACCAUACUCCUACGCGUGCCUCCAUAUGCCAAUUAUUAGGGACGAUUUCAAUAAAACUAGAGGUCAUCCAAUCCGCAGUUGGACAUUUGCGAGAGUGUCUUGCUGACGACUGCUUCAAGAUAACCGCAUAUUAUCAACUUUGCGAUAUUGGUCCAGAUGGCAGAGGUUCAAAGGAUAUUGAUAAUCCACAGGCCAUUUUUGAGGAUUUACGAUAUAGUGAUAAGGUUCUGGAGAGAUGCUCACAUCAGCAUCGACCACGAUAUCCCGCUACAACCGUUGACAAAAGCUCAGAAAGCAUUAUCUUAUCGCGAGAACAGCCAGAUUUAAAGUGGAAGGACUCAUCCCCAUAUAUGCCAAACCUUGAGGCAUACGAUUCACCUGUUACAAAACGACACUUACAAAAGGCUCAAUCAGCAUUAACAUCAACUAACCCACUAAUGGAGGAAGUCCGCCAACGACGUCGUUCUGUCGAACUUCAGAAGGACGAAAAGAUUGGUGAAGUCAAGAGUGACAUUGAAACACUCAAGGCCGAAGCCGAAUACAGAAAUGAGCAUGGUUUGCACAAAAAACCACCGCCGGACGUGACCAAUGACAUCAAGAUUAAGGAGAUGGAUACGAAAGCCGAGAACGCCAAAAUAAUUGAGCAAACACCAGCGAAAGGGUACAGAUCUGUUCCUCCAAGCCUAAAAUCAACAAAUAGCCAACCUACAGAAACUGUAACCAGAAAGAGGAAGGCAACCACAAUCACAAACAUAACAGAUACGAGAAUGACGGAUACGAGGCAGAGAUCAACACUCGCUCGCGCUAAUACUACUGCCUCACGCCUGGCUAAAAAGCGGUCUAUCCCUCCAAAGUCAGUACCAAUUGACAAACGACAAAAGACAUCUGGAACGACACAAAUGAAGCCAACGGCAUCCAACGCCAAUUUCAUUGAUGCGGCACUGCUUGCGGAAGCGAAUCAAGAACAAGCUACGCAAAUCAUAUCAGCCAUUAACAAAGUUAUUGGAAUAUUACGCGUUUUAGCCACAGGCUAUCUACAUGCUGCAAACUAUCAAUGCAGAGAAACCUCGCUCGUCCUUCAACAAUUGGACGAUCAGCAGUAUGAAACUGCUUGGGUACAAUGCGCGAUGGGCAAGGCAUACUAUGAUGCGGGUGACUAUCCAACUGCAGAGCGUCUGUUUAGUCGAGCAUUUCUUCUGUGGCCAUGGUACUGCGAUGCUGUGCCAUAUCAUUCAACAUGCUUAUGGUACAUGCAGAAGGAAUUGGAGUUGAAUUUACUGGCCUCGAAAAUGCAGGACAACAAGAGCCAUCAAUAUGAAGCGUUUAUUGCUGCUGGUAACUGGGCUAGCCAUGCUCGCUCAAGUAAAGAAGCAAUAUACUGGUAUCAACGCGCCGCUGACUCUGACCCAUCACGCUCUUAUGCGCAUGCCUUGCUUGGUCAAGAAGAAUGGGAACGAGAAGAAUUUCUUGUCGCCAUGACACACUUUAGGCAGUGUAUCAGUUCAGACAGACGAUCUUAUACCGGCUGGCAUGGUCUGGGCUUAGCAUAUGAAGGACUUCAAUUAUACCCCAAAGCAAAGGCCGCUGUUGAUGAAGCCGUUCGAUUACAUCCUCGCCAUCCUUUUGCCUUAUGUACAUUAGGAGAUGUAAGUUUUAAUUUUAAAGCGUAUUGUGCUUUUUCAUCGGCAUCUCAUCACCACUUCAUAGAUCCUUGCACAUUUGGGGAAGGACCAGGAAGCACUUACAUAUUUGGAUCAGUCAAUGAAGAUGUUCCCUACUCACCAAGCGUGUAAAUUGAGAGCUCGCAUAUUCGCACGACUGAAAGAUCCUGAGCGCGCAUUGGAGGAAUUGCUUCGGUUAAUAGAACUUGAUCAAUCUGAACUAGAGUCUGCUGACUUUCGGUACCAAUUAGGUAUUGCAUACUCUCAACUCGGAAAACGAAGGGAGGCCAUCACUCACUUGACGGAAGCUACAUCGCGACUUCGUCCAUGGGAUUAUACCAGUAUGCCAAAGAUUAAGAAGGCUUUAAGCGAAGCUGCCACUGUAGAAUAGUACAUUUAUCAUAACGUUUUUUUGAAAAUUUUGAAAAAGAAAAAAAAUUCGGCAGACCUACGAUUUUACGUCAGCCAAUCAAUAUGCCAAUUUC